AUGUCAAGCAUGAAUUUCUCCAUCCCACCCGAUCUCCAGCAAUACCUCAUAGACCUUGAUGCCUUCAUUGAGAAAAAAAUCAACCCUCUCCAAAACCGCGACGACAACAACCGCUUCUUCGACCAUCGUCGUGAGCACGCUCGCACCGACUGGGACAACGGCGGACUCCCGCGGCCAGAAUGGGAAGCACUUCUCAGAGAAUCUAAGAAGCUUGCCGAUGAAGCUGGAUUCUACCGACUAUCCCUGCCGAAGGAGUACGGUGGCCAAAACUCGAGUGAUGGCAGGGGAAGUAAUCUGUGGAUGGCAGUGAUAAGGGAACAUCUUGCGAGCAAGGGGUUGGGGUUAUUUAAUGAUUUGCAGAAUGAACAUAGCAUGGUGGGGAACUUUCCCACGAUAAUCAUGCUCUUGCAUUUUGGCAAUACGGCGCAGAAAGAGGAGUAUAUUGGCGGGCAGUUGGAUGGAAAUGUGCGGAUUACAUUUGGGUUAACGGAGCCGGGCCACGGGAGUGAUGCUACGCAUAUGGCGGCGAAAGCGCGGCCCGAGAAGCGGAAUGGUGUGGAUGGAUACGUGUUGAAUGGGUAUAAGAAGUGGCAGACGGGUAUGCAUGCGGCGACCCAUUGCUUUAUUUUUGCGAGAACAAGUGGAAUGAGUGGAGAAGCUACGGGGAUUACUUGUUUUAUUGUUCCUAGGAACAGCCCUGGGCUCAAUGCUGAUAGCUAUGAAUGGACCCUCAACAUGCCCACUGACCACGCCACCGUCUCCAUAAACGACGUCUGGGUCCCUGCGACCUCUAUUCUUGGUGCUCUCGACCAUGGCCUCGGCGUCGCCCAAGCCUUCGUACACGAAAACCGCAUUCGACAAGCUGCUUCUUCUCUCGGUGCUGCCGUGUACUGCGUCCAACAAUCCGUACAAUACGCCAACGACCGCGCGCCCUUCGGCACACCCCUUUCCCACAACCAAGGCAUUCAAUUCCCACUUGUAGAACUGCACACCCAAUGCGAAAUGCUACGGCAACUCAUCCGCAAAACCGCUCUAGAAAUGGAUUCAAUGCCGCAUGUGGAAGUCGAGAAGAAAAUUGGCGAUAAAGUCUCCAUGUGUAAUUACUGGGCGAACAGGCUAUGCUGUGAGGCUGCGGAUAGAGCGAUUCAGGUUCAUGGUGGAAAUGGGUAUUCGAGACAUUUUCCGUUCGAGCAUAUUUGGAGACAUCAUAGACGUUACCGCAUUACGGAAGGGAGUGAGGAGAUUCAGAUGAGGAAGGUGGCCGCGUAUUUGUUUGGUUUUGGUGGGAGGAAGACCUUGAAGGAUGCAAGGGCUGGGGAGGCUAAACUCUGAGUGAGCGAGGGAGUGGUGGUCUGCUUGUAAAUAUAUUGAAUUGAUGGCCUCCGGGAGUUCGGUGGUGAUAAUGUUGCGGGGAUCGAGCCGAGAACUACCUGAACAUUGCCGACAGAAUGGUUGGAUGGAUGUAGAACAGUGCCCUAACAACGCAAAGG